AUGGUCACUCGGAUUGAGCCUUUACCUAACCCCAUCAGCAAUAGCAGCAAAUUCAAGCCAUCGGUAUCGGAGGGGGAUAUGAUACACGUCGCGACUAUAAACGUUCGGUACGAUAAUGGUACCAAAUCAUUCAAUCUUCCUGGUACUGACAGCCAAUAUCGAGAGAAACCAUGGUCGGAACGAAAGACGCGUUUGAUAGAUUGCUUGCUGAGCACAGGUCAGCUCGAUAUCAUUGGAUUUCAGGAGGUCCUCCAUAGUCAGCUUCUAGAUAUACAGAGACUGCUGGGCGAGGGAUAUGGUCAUGUGGGUGUGGGAAGAGACGAUGGUGUAGAAGCUGGAGAAUAUAGUCCCAUAUUCUACGAUAGUACGAAAUUUGAGGUAGUCAAAUGGACAACGAUCUGGUUGUCACCUACGCCCGAUAAACCUUCAAAAGGCUGGGAUGCUGCUUUACCGAGAAUUGCGACUCUUCUUACGCUCCGACAACGUGAUACGAAAAGUCGGUUGGUACAUGCUGUGAAUACGCAUUACGAUCACCUUGGGAUACGUGCCAGGGCGGAAAGUAGUCUUCUGAUCAGAUCGCAGAUACACAACUGGGUAAAGAGGAUAGAAGAAGACGAAAAAGUAAAAGAAGAAGGGCCCGUUAUCUUAUUCGGUGAUUUCAAUUCACCUUCGCAUGAAGCCGGUUACCGAAAUAUCACUUCUUCCCACGUAUUACCAUCGGGUCAGAAAUCGUUCUACUUCCUCGACUCAUUUACGAACCUAUCGUCUACCUUACAGAGUCAUCCAUAUGGUCCGGUACAUACGUAUACGGACUUCGCACCUCCGGGAAAUAAGAAUGCUACGAGAAUAGAUUUCAUCAUGCUUGGUGCUAUCCCCAUCACUGCAAAGGAAGAGACUGACGAUAGAGAAUGGACCGAAGGGAAUGACACAUCUCUUAGUCGAGGUGGGUGGCAAGUGGUCAGAUACGCUUGUUUGGAUAAUUUCGUCGAAGGUGAUAUAGAAGGUUGGACGGGUAGGUGGAGUGAUCAUCGAGCCGUGAGAGUGACAAUAUCGAGAUCUUAG